UCAGAAAAUAGAAAUAAAAAUAUAAAACUUAUAAAUAAAAAAAAUAUAUAUAAAACUCAUAAAUUAAAAAUAAAAAUAAAAACCUAAUAAAAAUACAAAUGUACAUUUAGCUCAACCAAAUACCCAUUUCUCAUUAUCAUCAUCCUAAAUGCUGAAGUGAAUAAUAUGGUUGUUAAGUCUCCUUGUGGUGUUUGUUAUAAAACUGUAACAUGCAAUCAAAAAGCUAUAAAAUGUGACUCUUGCAAUAAGUGGAUACACACUAGGUGUAAUAAUGUUGAUAGUAAAUGCUACAACUCUUUGAUGACUGAAACUGGCUAUUGGUACUGUCUUAAUUGCUUGGAAAACACUCUACCAUACUCUUCUCUGACAGAUAAGGAUUUUAAGGUCACUAUAAAUGGUGCAAAUACUUUUACUCAUAAUUUGUUUAAUGACACUUCUUCUAACCUAAAAAAUCUCUUUCAAAAUAAACUUGACAAUGACAAUAUUAAUUGUAAAUACUAUGAUACUACAGAGUAUAACAAAGCUAUUAGUAUUAAUUCACAAACCUAUUUACAUGUAAAUAUAUCAUCCCUGGCAUAUUACCUUGAGGAUCUAAAACUUCUGCUUUCCCUUAUGAAUAAUAAACCCAAUAUCAUUGCUAUAUCUGAAACUCGCUUAAAUCACGACAAAACACUUAGAACUGAUAUCAAUUUAAAUGACUAUGUCUUUGAACGUACUGAUACUCAUUCUAAUAAAGGAGGAACUAUUAUAUAUAUAAGAUCUGAAUUAAAUUAUAUCUUAAGACCUGACCUCAAAUUUCAAAAAAAAAAAGAACUAGAAUCAACCUUUAUUGAAGUUUUACUGCCAUCAGAAAAAAAUAUUAUUGUAGGUUGCAUUUAUCGCCACCCUUGUAUGAACACUAGUGAGUUCUUUAUCACUUAUAUACAAACCCUACUUGACAAGUUAUCACUAGAGAAUAAAAAUAUAGUUCUUUUAGGAGACUUCAACAUUAAUCUUUUAAAAUAUGAAUCUUGUAAUGAUGCUUCUAACUUUCUAGAUCUAAUGUACUCUUCCUCCCUCUUCCCAUUAAUUACUCAACCAACCAGAAUUACUCCAAAAUCAAAGACACUCAUAGAUAAUAUAUUUGUAAACUUUCACACACCAAAUACUAAAUCAGGCAAUCUAUCAGUAUCGCUUGCUAACCAUCUUAUUCAGUUCAUAUCCUUUCCAUGCAAGAACUUAAAACAGUCUCUUCCCAAAGUAUAUCGUAGAUGUUUUAAAAAUUUUGAUGAAAAAAAGUUUCUUAAAAACUUAAAAGAAACUGAUUGGCUCUCAAUAAACCAACAAGGGAACUAUUGUGUUAAUAACUUUACCUCUAAGUUUUUGGAUACACUUAGAAGAUUACUUGAUAAUCAUGCCCCUUUCAAAAUGUCUACCAAAAAAGCUAAUAAAUCUUUAUCAAAGCCAUGGAUUACCAAAGGAAUCAUUACGUCAAUACAAAUUAAAAAUAAGUUGCACAAGAAGUUCAUUAAAUGUAAAAAUGAGAAUUUAAAGCUACAAUACUUCCAAAAAUUCAAAUAUUAUAGAAAUCAAAUUAGUAACCUACUGCAAUAACCUUAGGAACACCUGGAAAGGAAUAAGGAGUAUUAUUUCUACUAAAUCAAAGAACAACAAUAACAUAGAUAGUUUAAAUAUCAAUAAUA